AUGAUAUCUGAAAAAGCAGCGACGGCUUUGGCUACCAUCGGUACGGUAUGCUGGUGUGUUCAGUUGAUUCCACAAAUUAUUUUCAACUACCGGCAAAAAGACUGCGAAGGACUCCCGCCGCUGAUGAUGCUGCUGUGGGUCAUCAGCGGGAUUCCGUUCGCCAUAUAUUUCAUGGUAACGAAAGGAAACAUCAUUCUUCAGAUCCAGCCGCAUCUUUUCAUGGUUUUCUGCGGAGUUAGCUACGUGCAGUCUCUAUAUUAUCCGCCAGUGCAAUUGGAUCGACGCAAAAUCUGCGCAUCGGUUGCAGCGAUCGUACUGGUAGACAUAGGCAUGGAAAUAGGCUUUACGUUGUGGUUGCGCCCCUUGUACGCCCGCGGAGUGCAUUGGCCAAGUCUAAUAUUCGGGAUUUUGGCUUCGGUACUACUGGGUUUGGGGCUAGUCCCCCCCUAUUUCGAACUUGCUAAGCGGCAGGGCCGCGUUGUCGGAAUUAAUUUUGUGUUUCUAUUUGUCGAUUCACUGGGAGCGUGGCUUUCCAUAGCAAGCGUUAUUGUGGGAAACAUGGAUACGAUGGGUAUCAUUCUGUACAGCAUAGUAGCAGCGUUGGAACUAGGUAUCUUUGCUUCCCACUUCGUGUGGUGCUGCCGCUUCAAGUGGUUCGGAAACGGGACCGGCCUUCAAGAUCAGGAAGUGCAGCUUCACAACUCCGAAAAGGCCGAAAGUUUCAAUGAGGAAGUCGUCGACCAAACUUAUGAAGUAACGAAUAACAAGUGA